UCUCUCUCUCUCUAGCUCGCUCACUCACACACACACUCACACACACACACACACACACACAAAGGUGUCUUCCAUUACCAGCCUUCGAAAGAACAGGCGGCGAGCGUGGAAGUAGCUGAAAGACAGAUAGAGGCAAGAAGAGCUGAAAUAGAAAGCCUGUUGAACAGUGAGUGAAGAGCGCUUCUAAGAGAUCCAGGCAAAGAAAGAAAGAGGGAGGGAGACAGGGAGAGUGGGGGCAAGGGAGAAGGAGAAAGAUAGAGUGAGAGAGCGAGAGAGAGAGAGAGUGAGAGAGAGACGGCUCGCCGACUGCUUUCCCUGGUUUGUGUGCAGCCGUGGCAGCCAUGGCGUCGGAACCAGGCACCCAGUCCAGGGUGAUGUUUCAGACCAAAGAGGAGGAGCCCCCGCCUCGCAAGCUGGGCAAACUAACAGUGAAAUACAACCGUAAAGACCUCCAGAGGAGAUUGGACAUCGAGGAGUGGAUCGAUGGGCAGCUGCACCUGCUUUUCGACUGCGAGGAGGAAGAGAUUCCCGAGCUAGAGAUUGACAUUGAUGACCUCCUGGAGCUCUCAGAUGAGGAACAAAGAACCAGACUACAUGAGCUUUUGCAAGAAUGUGGGAAGCCAAAAGAGGAUUUUAUCAACGGGUUACUUUAUCGGAUGAAGGGCCUGCGCAAGAUGUCCGGGCCCCUUAAGAAAUAGUCCUAGGUCAAAAACCAUACGUAACAUAAUGUGAAAAACGGUGUGUCUGAAAACUCAUAUCUACCUGUACAGAAUUGAACAUGUCGGUGGAACUAUGUUAAAACAUCAAAUUUUCCUUUGACAAAUGAGACGGCAAGGGAGCUGUUUAGACAUAGAUUUUUUUUUUUCUUUCUUUUUUUUAACAUUACGGUUUAUGUAAAUUUAUGACACUUCUUUCCGCAGACAUAGGGUUGCAUCAUAGAUAAAACUGCAUUGUCUAUUAUAAUUUUUUUUUCUUUUUUGUGACUUGUACAUUUUUGGUUGGCUAUUUAUAUGUUUUUUGUUGUGAAAUACACUGUAUGUGAUCAUAAAGAUACUUUUCAAGUGUA